AUGGCUGAGGGGUUUUCUGAGCUGCGUCUGUGCUGCUCCAUAUGCCUGGAUGUCCUGAAGAACCCUGUGACUCUCCAAUGUGGCCACAGCUACUGUAUGGACUGUAUAAAUGGCUACUGGGAUCAAGAAGGUCAGAAAGGUGUUUACUGUUGCCCCCAGUGUAGGUUCAGGUUCAGAACCAGACCCACCUUGAGCAAGAGCACAGUGCUGGCUGAUUUAGUGGGAACAUUUUCUGUGGUCCAAGAAGAGGAUGGAGUCAGGUCUCAGGAUGUGGAGUGUGAUUUUUGCACUGAGAAAAAGCUGAAAGCAGUGAAGUCUUGCCUUGUGUGCUUGGCCUCUUUCUGUGCCACUCACCUGGAACCCCACUAUGUGUCUGCUGCAUUCAGAAGACACCAGCUGGUGGAAGUGUCAGCCUCCAUCCAGGAGAAGAUCUGCAGUCGGCAUGACAAGCUGCUGGAAGUGUACUGUCGCACUGAUGACCAAUGCAUCUGCCUGCUCUGUGUGAUGGACGAACAUAAAGGCCAUGACACCGUCUCAGCUGCUGCAGAGAGGAAAGAAAAGCAAAAACAAUUUGAUAAGAAAAAACACAGAUACCAGCAGGGAAUACAGGAGAAAGAGAAGCAGCUUAAGCAGCUCAAAAAGACCAUCACUGGGCUGAGGUGUUCUGGAGAUGCAGCAGUCAACCAAAAUGAGAAAGUCUACAGUGAAAUUGUUUCAAUGGCAGAUAAAAGACGUUGUGCUUUGAAGGAGCUGAUCAGAGUUCAGGAAAACGCUGCCGUCAGUCGAGCCCAGGCGCUUGUGCACCAGCUGGAAAAUGAGAUUUCUGGGAUGAGGAAGAAGGAGAAUGAAAUAAAGCAGCUUUCACUCUCUGAGGAUCACAUUCGUUUUCUGCAGACCUGCCAUUCUAUUUUAAACUCACCUGAAUCUAACAUGUCCACUGAUGUUAACAUCCAACUACACGCAGCUUUCGACUUUGUGACAACAGCUAUUUCUGAUCUGAAAGGGAAAUUGGAGAGUAUGGUGAGGGCUCUUGAAGAUAUAGCUGAAACAAUUGAAAUUGAUCCUGAUCCCACAACAAGACAGGAGUUCUCAAUAUAUUCCUGCCACCUCAGUUUGGAUCCCAACACAGCAUUUGAAAACCUAAUGCUUUCUGAGGGAAACAGCAAGGUAACCUGGGUUAAAAAGCCCCGUGGCUACCCAUACCACCCAGAUAGAUUUACCAAAUAUGAUCAGGUGUUGUGUGCUGAAAGUUUGUUUGGUGUUUGCUACUGGGAGGUUCACUGGAAAGGUCCCAGGGUUGAAGUGGCUGUGUGCUAUAAAGGGGCAGAAAUGGAGGAGUGUGGCUUUGGUUACACUGACAAAUCCUGGUGCUUUUCCCUUUCGACCUCUGGUUGCACUUUUUGGCACAAUGGAGCCAAAACCAAAAUAUCAGUUCCCUGCUCCUCUACAGUAGGAGUAUAUCUGAACCAUCAAGGAGGGAACCUGUCCUUCUACAGUGUUUCUGAUUCUGGUCAAAUGACGCUCCUUCACAAGGUUCAGACCACUUUUUCUGAACCGCUGACCCCAGGGUUCAUGGUCUCCAGAGGGUCGUCAAUUGAGAUAAUUUCCUCAAAGUAAAAACAUACACUCUCAAUAUUCAGUGUUAUAUCAAUAGUACAGCACAUUCUUUACAAAAAUUUUACAGUAAAUAGCUGCUUGAUGGUCACUUCUCUUUAUAAAUGAUAUUAUAUCGUAUCAUUAUCCAUGUAUAGAUUAAGAAAAAAAAUAGUAAUGGUGCCAAUGUGAGAGAUUUCAUCUGUGAACUGAAACUGUUGAAACAUUUAAGAUCUAACAACACAAACAAGAGCUGUGCUUAUACUGUAAGGUUUUCAAUGUUAAUAAAAUAA